CGCGGAAGGCACGUUCCGUCGUCUGGUCCGUCUAACCUUGGACAUUGGUCGUUUGUCAAUUGUUUCGAAUGAGAUUAUUCUCCGAAAUUAUGAUCUGACCUGUGAUAGAACAAGCUCGUGCGCUCGAAGACGUUUAUUACUAUUUUUUUUAGAGCGACACCUCCCCUCUCGUGUGCUUCCUGUAUUUUUGAUAAAAUUGCAGUUGGGUCGACAGCCGGCGCGGUAUAAUGCAAGUGCCGACCAGUGCCAUUGUUUUUCUCAACUUGUUUAUAAUCGCAUCGAUUUGCAUGAACAACGUCCAAUGUGAGAAAGAAAGGUCGAACGACAAGGAGGAACGUAAAUCUCAAACCUUCCCUCCCUGCGCAGCAUGCAAAAUACUUAGCACUAGUUUCAAAAAGGGUCUAGAGAGAACGAGCCGUGGGAAGUUUGAGGGUGGAGACAGCGCCUGGGAAGAGGACAAACUAAGUCCAUAUUCAAAAAGUGAAAUUCGAUUAGUCGAGAUACAGGAGAACUUGUGUAAAGAAGUCAAACAUGGUGAGACGCAGUGUCAAUCUUUAGCAGAGGAAUUGGAAGGACAGAUAGAGGAGUGGUGGUUUAAGCAUCAAGAUACUCAUCCCGAUAUACACAAUUAUAUCUGCAUCGAAAAGACAAAGCGUUGUUGUCCAGAGAAUCACUAUGGUCCAAAUUGUACUCCGUGUCCAGGAUAUCCAGAUAAAGUCUGUAGUAAUAAUGGCAAGUGCAAAGGAGCUGGUACGAGGAAAGGAAAUGGCGGUUGCUUUUGCGACAAGGGAUACACUGGAGAUACUUGUUCAGAGUGUGCUCCAGGAUACUAUGAAUCUUAUAAAGAUGAAGAGAUUUUGUUAUGUUCCGCAUGCCACGCGGCAUGCAAUGGAUCUUGCAAGGGCGCCGGACCAAAAGAUUGCGAGAAGUGUGCUAAUGGAUGGCACAUGAUCGAAGACAAAGGCUGCUUUGAUAUUGAUGAAUGCUUAAAAAGUAAUGAGAUCUGUCCUGGUAAUCAAUUUUGCAUUAAUAAAGAAGGAAGCUAUGCUUGUUUAGCUUGUGACAAAGCUUGCAAUGGUUGCACUGGUGAUGGUCCGGACAUGUGUAUCAAAUGUGCUGAGGGACACCAUAAAAAGGAUAAUUUGUGUAUAAAUUCAGAUCUUCUUGGCCGCAAGAAACAGGAAAAUCUAGCGCGAUAUCUGACGUAUUUUGGACUCUGUGUGGCGAUAUGUAUUAUCUUGCAGCGCAAUAUUUAUGCGGCAAGCAUGAUUGGCUUGCUAGUUGCAAUAUACAUAUGUGUCUCAGAAUAUAUGAUUGCGAAUAGCAAUGUUCAAGAUACAACAGCAAAUAUGGACAUUCUAGGACCAGCUUGAAUAGGAACACAAUUUAAAUAAUUCUAUGAAAUUUCAUUAUAUAAUAUUGUGUUACACACAUACACACGUCAAUGUAAGAAAUCAUCCAUAU